AUGAGUCAUCGCCUUCCAGUCAGCGAACGCAGACAAGCAGCCCGGGCUUUUGAAGAAGAACAGUUCCAAAAUUGGAUCGACAAUGGUGGCAACUUGAUCGAAAGAGCUCUGAACGACCCAGAAUCCCUCCACGUGGGCGAGAGACGAAUUGUUCUAGGCGACUUUCCAUACAGUGGUGACUCGAAUGAUUUCAUCGCCAAAGUAACUGAUGGCCGCUGGAAUUCGAAAUUGCAGCUGGAGUCUACUGCGGGUGGCGACCCUUGGAAACUGACCAUCCCGGCAUGCAAGCUGUUCAUCUGUGACUGCCGGAAGCCUCUUGACGGCGAGGACCUGGACUCCAUGUACGAAGCACAGCUUCGCGCCGAAGGAGACCAGACGGUCGAGGAGCGCGCGCGCGAGAACGUCCGCUACAUCUGGCAGAAGAGGGGCCGGCGCAACGCCCGCAUCAUGCUGGCCGCUCUGCAACGCGAACUCGAAAGUGCUGGGCGGCUGCCUUCAAACAGCAUGGAUGAGAAGUUCUUAUGGGACCAGGUGAAGCCGCUACCGCCAUAUUGGCUAUUCGAAAUCCGAGAUGGCAACUAUUACGGCUUUGCACUGUACCGCACGAAGGAGAUAGCGGACAAGUUCGGCCCGGCGACGGAAAGAGUCUGGAAACUGUUCACUGAAAUGUUUCGAGGUGAUCGCCGGGGCGAGGGGGUCAGAGGAUAUAAGUGUGGGAACAGCCGAAUUUUUGAAGGCCAUACGCUUAAUAGGAAAGUCCGCGAAUACUGGGCCAAGUUUGACGAAGCAUACGAGACGGACUGGGCGGCAAUGAGAAGGCACUUCCAAGCGUGGCGCGAAGCAGAGAGCGAAGGUAGCAUUGUAGCUGACAUCCUGCUGAACACUUUUAUUGUGUUCUCGUCGGAUUGCAUCCCCUCAGAGCUUGGCAACAAAUUGUACAACGCUCAUGAACUGCCACCACUGUAUGUCUGGGCUGUUGAUCCGGACUGGGAGCCUCCUAGCCCCGACGCGGAAGCCGAUGAGGACGGGUAUGCCGGCCGUGUCAAGGUCAGCAUCAAGGCGGUCUAUGGCUGGUUCUAUGGCGCAAGAUGGGAGGACCAGUAUACCAUGAAGCAGCUCUGGGAAAAGGCACAAAAGAACCAGGACAAUAUCUGGACCUGCGAGUCGCUCCGUGUCAAAGAGUGGGAUCACGAGCCCUACGUGUUGGUUGAUGGUGAAGAGGUUAUCCAAUGGAAGCCUCCUCAUGGCAUGCAUUGUCUCUGCCUAGCUUGCGCAUUAAACGAAUUGUAG